AUGUUGUCCAUGCAGAACUCCUUAUAUAUCACCCACUCAGGCUGGAACGCAUCGGAGCUGCAGGACGAAGGUUGCUCCGGCCGCUCGGACAUCCCCACCCUAUCUGGGAUCGACACCCUUCGAGGCAGUAUUUCCAGCGCCAGCACCGGUGCUAGUCCCGAUGAUACCUCAACCGACUCGCCAGACUGGAACGAGGCCGGCCAGUCUCCGCCUGAUUUUGAUGUGAGGAACUUGACUGGAUCACGCUCCGAUGUCUUCCUGCUGAGCUCCGGGCACGAGAUGAGCGACAUGAGUGAUAUCCCACCCAAGGUCGAAGAGUUGGAUGACGACGUUCAAAGUGUCAAGCCAUCGGAUGUGGGGAACGACUUCGACCAGGAAAACUCGGGUGCUCCCGCCAACGUUCCACGGAAACGUGGGCGCCCACGCAAGCAUCCGCUUCCUACCCCCGGAGGUCAGGCCAAAAUCACCAAGGGUCGGUCCAAGACCGGUUGUAUAACUUGUCGACGACGGAAGAAGAAGUGCGACGAGACAAAACCUGCAUGUCUUAAUUGCCAGAAAAAUGCGGUCGUGUGUGAAGGGUAUCCCCCCAAGGAGAUUUGGAAGAGCGGAAGGCAGAGGGUUGCUGACGGUACGUAUUUAAAUCUGGACUUACGCGCGCGCGCCCUGACGCAAAACAUCUUUGGAUCUCAAGCUGACCUGACCGCUACUGUAGCUGUCCGAACCAAGUCCCUUGUCACCGUGCCUCGUAACCUUCCCCUCCUGAUCGAUGGAGUCGAAACCGAGAUAGACCGUCGCUUCCUGGAUCACUUUGUGUAUGGAUUUAGUCGAGUCUUGACUCUGAUCAACGAUGACUCAAACCCGUUUAAGGAGAUCUUGCUUCCCAUGGCAACCCAGCACCGUGGAUUGAUGCAUUCUCUCAUGUGCCUGUCAGGGUCACACUUGUCGGGGCUGGACCCAGAGCCAAAGUUGAAAGAGCGCAAGUAUUAUCAUUUCCAUCGGGCGAUCCAGGAUUUGAAAGAUAACAUUACCGCCACGUCAUCCGCUUCAUCCGCUUCACCUGACGCGGAAGAGGACCAGCAACUGUUGGUGGAGGAUCCCAUUAUUGCAUCGACCAUUGCACUGAGUUUGAAUACCAUAUGUGAAGGUGAAACUAAUGGUGAAUACCGACCACAUAUGGAUGCCGCUCGGUACCUCCUCGUUUCGCAACAGCCUCGCAACGAAAAAUUCCGACAAUUCAUCGUCGAGUUCUUCCAGUACCACGACAUCUCAAACGCCUUGACCUCCCUUGACCGUCGGCCCGCCCUUCUUCAAGGUAGCAUGCGCAUGCCCGACUUUGUUCCGGGUGCUCAGGCUGGUAUGUUCUUGGGUGUAUUCGAUGGUCUGUUCAACUACAUCUCUCAGAUCACUCAGCUCCGAGACCGAAUCCGUCAACGAUUCAACGAAGGAUAUGAGCCUGCAGUGGACUACCAGACUCUCAGCGAGGCCGUUCAGAUCGAUACCGCCAUCAGGACUUGGGAGACAUCGCACGAGGAGGAUUCUGCUAACUGGUGCUUGGCUCAACUAUACCGACAGUCAACUUGGGUAUACUUGUUCCGCACCAUCCGACCCUCGCGCCCGACCGAUAAGAUUGCCCAAGUGGUUGAUGACGGUCUAGCUUACUUGGAUCGCCUGCCACAAGAUGCCGGCGCCCACAGUAUCGUCCUUAUGCCCCUGUUCCUAUUAGGUUGUUCAGCAUUUAUCCCUGAGCAACGUGAACGGAUCCAAAAAGGCUUCGAAUCUCUCAAGGCCUACUCCAAUCUCCGCAAUAUCGAGCCAGCCUUUAAGGUUGUCACUCGUGUCUGGGAAAUCAUGGACACUAAGAUCGAGGAUAGCUGGGACUGGGAGAAGAUCAUUCAUGAUAUGAAUAUGGAUUUCCUCAUCACCUGA